GAGUGAUGGCAUCACCAAAUUUCAGUUGGGGUUCACUGAAUGGUGUUGAAGUGAUGAGUCAAAUAGAACAGGCUUACCAAGAAGUUGUUCAUUGGAGAAGGAAUUUAUUUCAAGUACCAUACGGUUCUACUGGUAAAAUGUUCGCCUCCGAACUUGCCAGAUUGUUUCAUGCGUAUGCAAAUGCAUCUGCUCUUGAGUGUGUCUCAUUGACUGCUGCUAUGGUGAUGCCCCAUCUUCUGCUACAGAAGCCACACAAGCGGUCCAGAGGUCCUGAUCAUGUCUCUUGUCUGACCCGUCGCUUAGAAGCCUGGAAGGCGGGUGAUAUCAAGGCUCUGUUGUAUGAAGCCAAGACGAUCCAACAACAUCUAACUUAUAGUAGGUCUUCUAACAAGGCAACCAAAAUCGACGAUCUUCCUCACGUUUUCGCUGGUCAUUUGAAGAAAGGAAAUGUGAAUGCUGCUAUGCGUUUACUGUCUGAUGAAGGUGCUAAUGGUCUUUUACACCUGGAUGACUACCUGACAAAUUCAAGUCAAAAAACCGUGAGAGAUGUACUCAAAGAAAAACAUCCAAAUGCUUCUUCCCUCGAUCCUGACUAUGUUGUGAAUUCUAAAGAGAACGCUUCUCCAGUCCAUCCUGUCUUGUUUGAUUCUCUUGAUGGACAACUGAUCAGGAAUACAGCAAUGCGAUGUUCUGGUGCAGCUGGUCCUUCUGGCCUUGACUCGACUCAAUGGAAACGCCUGUGUACGGGAUUUCACACUUCCUCCAAAGAUCUCUGUAAUGCUCUAGCUGCUGUUGCUCGUCGAAUUUCAACAGAGAUAGUAGAUCCUGACGGUAUCUCAGCUCUAGUGGCUUGUCGUCUUGUACCUCUGAACAAAAAUCCUGGGGUGAGACCAAUUGGUGUGUGUGAGACAGUUAGAAGAAUUAUUGGAAAGGCGGUUCUUUCUGUGGUCAAGUCUGACGUGCUCUCGGCAACCGGAACCUUGCAGCUUUGUGCAGGACAGAUUGCUGGGUGUGAGGCUGCAAUACAUGCCAUGCAGUCAUUGUUUGAAGAUGACAAUACGGAAGCCAUACUACUUGUAGAUGCAACAAAUGCCUUUAAUAGCUUGAACCGUCAAUUGGCUCUAAAGAACAUCUCAAGCACUUGUCCAGCAAUUCAUACCGUAUUGCUCAACACAUAUCAACAGCCUUCACCCCUAUUCGUUGGUGGGGAAGUCUUGUUGUCGCGUGAGGGAACCACACAGGGAGAUCCUCUCGCGAUGGCAAUGUACGCCUUGGCCACAGUACCUCUGCUGAAAAAAGUACAAACAGAAGGCAGCACCCAAGUCUGGUAUGCCGAUGAUGCUGCAGCCGGAGGAAAGAUACAAGCAGUCAAACAAUGGUGGGAGAAACUCUCCAUACAUGGAGAAAAAUUUGGAUACUUUCCAAAUGCCAAGAAAUCCUGGUUGAUCGUCAAACCGAAUUGCCUUGAAGAAGCCAAACGUGUGUUCUCAAAAACGGCUGUGAACAUCACCUCUGAAGGUCGAAAGUAUUUAGGAGCUGCACUGGGAACUGAAAACUUCUGUAACGGCUAUCUCAGUGAUGCAAUCUUAGACUGGACACGUCAGAUUGACAAAUUGGCUUCCAUUGCCCAAAGUCAGCCACAAGCAGCUCAUUCCGCAUUAAGUCACGGUCUUCUGGGCAGGUGGAUUUUUACUGCGAGAACAAAUCAGAAUUUCAAAACUUUUGCUGGGCUUUUAGAAUCAUCAAUACAAUCUCAACUGAUUCCUGCUAUAACUAGUCGUUCGGCCCCUGGAGAACUGGAAAGAAAACUCUUCUCCUUACCAGCCAGACUUGGUGGUCUGGGAAUCACAGAUCCAACUUCAUUGUCUUCUGAAUACUUAAACUCUCGAAAGAUGACUGCACCGCUUGUUGACUUCAUUUUGAAUCAGGAGAUCACUCUAGGAGAUGCCCCAGAUCAACAGGAUUCUCUCAAAAAGCAAAUUCGCAAGCACAAAGGACUAGAAAUCAAAACUCUUGCUGAUAAUGUUCGAGAUAACCUCUCACACCAACAUAAAAGAAUGUUCGAGUUAGCAAAUGAAAAGGGGGCAUCAAACUGGCUCACAAUAUGGAUGGGUUCCCCCUCAUAUGAGUGA